UCCAAAUUUGGAGGAGUAAAAGAGAGAUUCGAUUCAUAACCUUCAUUGAACUAAGAAGAUAUCCUUUCUAUUAAAGAACGAGACAAUUUUAUCUAAUAAAUCCAUAAAACAUACUUGACGCUCCUUCCUCCAAGUCACCAAGCUACGAUUAUCGGCAAAUACGAAAAGAAAUACUACUACGACGACUACCGUAUACGUAUAAUACCUCGAUAGCGAAACAGCUUGGGCGCACAAAACGAAGCCAACACACAUUUUCACACGUUCAGACGUUCACUAGAAUCACUACCUACCUACUGUGUUACUCCAUCAAACGGUCCAAGGGAUAUCUCGAGGCCAAGUUUGUGUCUAGAUCUCGGUCGGACCUUUCAUCCAAAUCAGAAAUAAGUCAGUCAGUCAAAUAUCGCAAAAGCGGCAUUCGCUCCGUACCUAUUUGUAUUUGUAUUUGUUAUUUUUGGUUGUGGUACUAGAUAGAUUUAAAGGUAAAGCUCGAUUCACGCUGCUUUGCUACUACUACUUACCACUCCCCAACCCAAGAAAGACAAGGAAUUUGUUUAUUUAUUGACUGACUGAACUUUACUAUUUAUUAUUUUAGGCGACAUUCCCACCCCCCAUCUCAAAACUAUCUUUGCCGUCUCCUUCUCAAUAAUUCAUCCCACUCACUACCAAAUCGCCACGCGAAAUUCCGAUUCCAAUUCCAAUUCCAAUUCCGCUCACUCACUCACCCACCUACCUACCUACAUACAUCCUCUCGCAACUAACCUUCUUUUCUUACAAAGAUUUCACUUUCUUCAUUCCUACCAAAAUAAUCCUUCUUUCCCCUAAGAUAUUACUUCUCAAAAGAGAUCACACAAGUUCAAAAUGGCUGAAUUCGUUAGAGCUCAGAUCUUCGGGACAACCUUUGAGAUCACUUCCAGGUACGCGGGGCUCAAACAACUCGAACAAAAUGUCAAGAAAUUGUCAAAUUUGUUCACCACCCCUUCGCCACUAUAGAUACUGAUGCUUUGGUGUAUAGAUACUCUGAUUUACAGCCGGUGGGCAUGGGCGCAUUUGGUCUCGUUUGGUAUGAUAAUCCCUCAUUUUUUGGGCCCUUGUUUGUGAUGAAAUCUUCAAUUGAGGGGUAAAAUGAUCACUUUUCCCCAGCAAACACUAACUUAUGUCAUCUGCACAGCUCUGCCAAAGAUAACCUCACCGGUUCAAAUGUCGCGGUUAAAAAGAUUAUGAAACCAUUCAGCACACCAGUCUUAUCCAAGAGAACUUACAGAGAAUUGAAGUUGUUGAAACAUCUCAAGCACGAGAAUGUACGUUUGGAUUGCGAUACCACAGAUAUACAAUAAUGGCCGGUCCUGAAAAUACUAAAUGUUUACAGGUUAUCUCGCUCAGCGAUAUCUUCAUUUCCCCUCUUGAGGAUAUGUAUGCAGACUCCAUCAAAUUGAAGGGAUUUUAGACUGAUAACCAUUCAAGCUACUUCGUCACCGAACUCCUUGGCACAGAUUUACAUCGUUUGUUGACCUCGCGACCACUCGAGAAACAAUUCAUUCAGUACUUCUUGUAUCAAAUCUUGGUAUGUCAUCCUGUUCCGGCUGUGCUGUAUUACUGGAGAGAAUUAGGCUAAUGUUACUCUCCCAGCGUGGAUUGAAAUAUGUUCACUCUGCAGGAGUCGUUCAUCGUGAUCUCAAGCCCAGCAACAUCCUCGUCAAUGAGAACUGCGAUCUUAAGAUCUGCGAUUUCGGUCUUGCUCGUAUUCAAGAUCCUCAAAUGACCGGAUAUGUCUCUACAAGAUACUACAGAGCACCAGAGAUUAUGCUUACAUGGCAAAAGUAUGAUGUGGAGGUUGAUGUUUGGAGUGCGGGAUGCAUUUUCGCAGAGAUGCUGGAAGGCAAACCUUUGUUCCCAGGAAAGGAUCACGUCAACCAAUUCUCCAUCAUCACGGAACUCCUCGGAACACCACCAGAUGAUGUUAUCCACACCAUUGCCAGUGAAAACGUGAGUAAUUGUGUAUGGACAAUGGGAUGUAGCUGAUAAUAGUUCAGACCUUGAGAUUCGUACAAUCUCUACCAAAACGUGAGAGACAACCUCUUGCAAACAAGUUCCAUAAUGCGGAUCCAUUAGGUACGUCUUUAGCUUCGACUUCAAUUCUACUGCAACCCUCGUUGACCUGUUCUAGCCAUUGAUCUCCUCGAGAAAAUGCUGGUUUUCGACCCCAGAAAGCGAGUCAAGGCAGCCGAAGCAUUGGCACAUGAUUACCUAUCUCCUUACCACGACCCUACCGAUGAGCCAGUGGCAGAGGAGAAGUUUGACUGGUCAUUUAAUGACGCAGAACUUCCAGUGGACACCUGGAAAAUCAUGAUGUACGAACAACUUUUCGAUUACCAACAAAAAUAGAUCAUCUGCGUUCUUCUGCAGAAGUAUUUGGUUUAUCGAGUGCAUCCGACGGACCAAGAUAGUAGAACUGACUUGGAAUGUUAUGCAGGUACUCCGAGAUUCUUGAUUAUCAUAACGUCAACGACGCCCAAAAUCUGGUCGAUGGUCAGUAAACAUGCAUCUGUUUUUUCGAUUAAAUAUGAUUAUCAAAGGUACCGCCUAGGUACAACUUUCGGUAUGGGAUGGUUACACAAUUAUGGGAUGGCUGGUUAGGAGCGUUCUCUGGUACUUUCUGAUGUCGCGCAACGCAACGCAACUCCUGGCGAGAAUCGGCUUUUCUUCCACUUCGACUACUGGCGUACAUACUGCCACCCCAACGGGUAACGGGAACUUACUUUUUCGAAGUUCCUAAAAUCUACAUCUUUCCUGCCCAUGGUUUAUUGGGUUGUGUACGGCUUGACUGAAGCGAUGAAAUGGAGAGGGGGUUUUGCACGCAGUAGAACAAUGAAUUUUCUUUCCGCAAAAGUUGUACUUAGAUGAUUGGGCGAGUAAGGUUUUUGGCGUUUAAUGGACAUAGAGGGUGUAUGAAUUACGAUUAUAAUGAUUGGGCUAUGUCACA